AUGAAAAAAUAUUAUUUAGCUAAACUCAAAACUGGCAACAAUCCAUUACGACAACCCGUGGACCCAAAAAUUUUCUCUCUUACGGACCUUUCUUUUUUAACUCGAAUUUUGAACUCGAUUGGACUUGUUGAAUUAAUUGAUGAUGAAAAUACUACAAUUGAACAAAUUCUUGAUAGUAAAGGUCGACAAAUUCUUGUUGAUAGUCAAAUACAAAUUGAUCAAACUUUUCUGGAUUUUAAUAGAAAGAUAACAGCUGUGGGUAUUUAA